AUGUUUCGUCCUGUGGCGAAUUUUGUAAUGGAAGGAAUAGAAGAACAACGUGUGUGCGUGAAAUUUUGUUUUAAAUUAGGGAAAAGUUCUAGUGAAACUUUUGAACUUUUGCAGCAAGCUUUUGGAGAUGAUGUCCUGCCUCGAACAACAUGUUUUGAGUGGUUUAAACGGUUUAAGGAAGGUAGAACAUCCGUUAAGGAUAACGAACAACCUGGUAGACCUUCGACCAGUAAAACGAAUAAAACUGUUGCUCGUGUUCGUGAAAUUAUUCGAAAUAACCGUCGAUUAACUUCAAGAGAAAUUGCAGAAGACGUCGGAAUAUCUUAUGAUUCGUGCUAA